AUGAAUGAAUUAGAAACAGCUAGUCAAAAUGAUUUUAACCUUUUCUGGAAAACACUAAAGAACUUGACAGACGACCUUAAUACUGAAACUAAUUCUGAAAACUUACCAAAAAAUCAUGAAUGGUACUCACAUUUUGAACAAUUACAUUGUGAUCACCAUCUUAGUGAAGAACAAGAAAAAAUUAUCGGAAAAUUGAAACAAAAGGAAAACUCGAAAAAUCUCCUCAAUGAGCUUGAUAUGGAAAUAACAACCGAAGAAAUAAUAAAAACAGCUAAGAAAAUAAAAUCUAAAAAAACUGCACACUCAGAUAAAAUCAACAACGAAAUGAUAAAAUAUAGUGUUGAUAUCCUUGCCAAUGGUUUUAUAAAAGUAUUCAACACAAUAAUGAAAUCUGGAAAGUUCCCAACUUCAUGGUGUGAAGGACUUAUCUCACCAAUUUUUAAAUCAGGGAACAAAUUAGACCCAAGUAAUUACCAAGGAAUAUGUGUAUCAAGCUCGUUAGGAAAGUUCUUCUGCUCUGUUCUCCAUGAAAGACUGAUGAACUUUUCAAAAACUAAAGAAUUGUUACACCCUUCUCAAAUUGGUUUCCUACCAAAUAACAGAACGGCCGAUCAUAUUUUUACCUUAAAAACGUUGCAUGAUAAAUAUGUUAAUCAAAAUAAUGAGAAAAUUUACGCAUGCUUUAUUGAUUUUAAAAAAGCCUUUGAUUCUGUCUGGCACGAAGAUCUUUAUUUGAAACUAUUAGAAAAUGGAAUUGGAGGAUGCUUCUAUGAUCUGAUAAAGGAUUUGUACUCCAAUACUCGAUGUGCAGUGAAAGUAUCGGGUCAUAGAACACCCUUCUUUUCUUACAAUCGAGGUGUAUGCCAAGGUUGUGUUUUAAGCCCCGUUCUCUUUAAUCUAUAUAUAAACGAACUUCCUAAUCUAUUUGAAAAAGUAAACCCAGACCCAUUUCUUUUACCAAAUGGAACGAGACUAAGUAGUCUACUAUAUGUGGAUGAUCUUGUCAUACUAUCAAGAUCAAAAUCUGGUCUCCAAAACUGUUUAGACUCCCUCAAUGAAUGGAGCAAAAAAUGGCUAAUGAAUAUUAAUUUGAAAAAAACUGAAGUUAUGAUUCUACAAAAACAUAAACUGCAAUCACUCGACUUUUUCUUGGGAGAUAAACGUAUUGAUAUUACGAACAAAUACACUUAUCUCGGUUUAACUCCUAACACUAAAUUUUCAGUUGCGACUCAACAACUGAGUGAAAAGGCUAUGCAUGCCUUAUUUAAAAUACGGAAAAAUCUUGAUUUUCAGAAACUUACACCAAAACUUGCCAUAAAAAUCUUUGAUGACAUAGUCUCUCCAAUCUUGCUUUAUAAUUCUGAGGUUUGGGGAGCCUAUGGUAACAACGAUUUUACUAAAUGGGACAAAACUAGUACUGAGAAAACACAUCUGAAAUUUUGCAAACUCUAUUUAGGUGUGAACAGAAAAGCGAGCAAUAUCACUAGUAGGGGUGAAUUAGGUAAAUUCCCUCUAUUAAUACCCAUAUUCAAAAGAUUAUUUUCUUAGAUUAACCACCAAUUACCAGAUACAAGUAUAGCGAAACAAACUUUUUACCUAUCAAAAAGACUUUACUCAAAUGGUAAAUACUCACUCUACUCUAAUGCUGCAAGCAUUAUUAAAAAGUUUUAUCACAAUAUCGAAGAUACAAUAGAUAUUGAAAAAUUUGUCCAGGAUACAAACCUAAACGAUUUUGUAAAAACCAUUAAAGAUAAUGCAGGUAUCAGCGGCUUUCCCGGGGGGUCGACCCACGGGCCACCCCGGGGAUUUGUCAAAACAGCCUUGACUAAUGCCCGUGGGUUGGGGCAAAAUUUUGUCACAAAUGCCCCUACCUCCGGGCCGAAAUUUGGAAAACAAUAAUUUCAAAUAUAACAAAUGGUUAUUUACAAAGAAAUUUGUAGUAAGUUAAUAUACUUAUUAACAUAAUUUUGGGCAUCUUGUUCAAUAAACAACAAGACGCCGACUCGGCGUUAACCUCGGGUCGGUGGAUAGGGCAUCGUCUGGUAAAUAUGCAAAAAUGGUGUAAAUCACGAUAGUUUAAUAGUUCGCUAGUAUAAAUGGUGAAUCAGUCCAUCAAAGCUCCGUUUUAACAUUUUAUUGAUAAUAAUUACUGACCCUCAUCAAACCUAUUCUUUUCUCUCUGCAUUAUAUCAGCGGAUGUCGAGAAUUUUUAACGUUCUACUGAAAAACGGGAGCGGUGAUUGUAGGGAAAUUUCGGCCCAAGCCAAGGUAAAUAUUUAUACGGACUAAAAAUAGCACACAGCAUUAUUAAAAAUAAUGCAGCAUGCAGACAUUAGCGGUAGUGCAUCUUCGUCAGCGGCCACCCCGACAUGCACACGCGAUAGUGUGAACAUCCCAAGUUGGGAAGGUGACAGUGCCUGAAGCGCUGCCAAAAACGGCCACCAUGAGUCCUUUCAGUUCAAUUUUAUAGAGAAAUAGUUUCGUUUGCGCUUGUGGGAUUUUAUCCUAGAUAUACGCAUGUGCAGAACACACCAUAAGCUCUAUUCCCGUGUUUAUCCAGUUUAAUACCUUCUUUGAAUUAGCCUUAUCAUUACUGAUAAUAUGUAAACUAGAACACUAUAAUUGACCUCUGCUUGUGGAGUUUUAAUUUAGGGCGAUUAAUUAAACUGAAAUCUGUUCUAUCACAAUGCACUACAGUGCCUAUGGUUAUGUCUAUAUGCGUGUCCUCACAAAUGUCUAGUGUAACGUUGGAUAAGUUCAUUGUCAUACGGUCCCGACAAGCAGCAACGUACAGUAGUCUUCCAGCCGAAAAUAAUUACUUUUGAUUCGGGUCAGUAAUUAUAAUAGAUAACAAGUGAAAGUUGGCCGCGGUAUUCCCAUGCUAUGCAUACGAAGUAUUGUGCAUUAUAUCAACAUAUACUCGAGAAUAGUUAUCCAGCUAAACAUGUAUGUCAAAAUUAUCACAUCUUCUGGUUUAUCAAAUUAUCACAUCUUUGGAUUUUGUGCAAGGACAGCUUCGGGUUACCGGAAGUUGUUGUCUCCUCCGCAGGCUCUUCGACUACGCGCGCGGCUCGACACGAAUGGAAAAAAAAAUAAUAGGAGCCGAAUUUAUGACCUUGGUGUCGUACCGACCCGAGGUAAUGAAGCGUAGGCCGCAAAGAAGAUAUUUUUGAACUAAAAAUUCAUACACAAUUUUAUAUCGGGACAUUUGUUAUUAAUACGUUUGCUAUUUUAACCUAUUUAAUAAAUCAGUAUCCGAUACAAAACGUUUAAAAAGUUUGUGUCCUUUAUAGUUUCAAACAAUUAUUCUGGUGUUUCCAACUUUUAUUGAGGAUAGAUGGCUAAUUAUUCAUUUAUAAAUAAAAGGAUUAAAUUACAUUCACCUACCAUCGAUUGCUACUAAGGGAAACGCGUCAUGAGAAAACGCCUGCCUCGUACCCAGGCGGUAUGUUGUUCUAUUGCUUGCGUGGCCUUUGCGGGGGACGCGUGCCGUCCCACGUGUACAAACCAAAGCGCCUGGGUACGAGGCAGAGAAAACGCGAUCUAUAAAUUGGACAUAGCUUGCGUAGCCAGCGGUUUGCCUCGCCUCCCUAAUUUUCGUUGCCCGCGCCUCAAUCCCAACCCUUAAAACUGCCGGCUACGCAGGCUAAUUGGACAUGAAACAUAACAUGUUUGGACUUCAAACUUUACAUGAUUUUGCUGGAAACAUUUGACGGUUUACAAUUAUUUUUUCCGCGAAAACGUAACAAAGUUAGUACAAACAUUGCAAACCGCAAUACUGAAUUUGUCCACUAUAAACACAAAAUAUAAGGCCUGUUUCAUACGUCGAAUUUAAUUCAGACAAAUUUAAUCACAGAUUUCGUGUUUGCAAGCUAAUCCCCGCCCAAUAUGAAUGUGUUUCUAAAUUUGAAAUAUUGACAGUUGACUGUGAGUGUCAAUAUUUCAAAUCCAAAUUUCAAGUCCAAACAAAUCAUGUUUGACAGCCAAUUGGACGUGUUUUCUCAUGACAUAUUUCUGCUUUAUAGUUGCAAUCAACGGUAUAUUGUUCAUGUGCUUCGAAAUGCUUCGAAUUUGCUUCGAACUUCGAAGGUUCGAAGCGUCUUCAAAAAUCAUAAUUAAGAAUUUUUUUGAUGAAUCACCGCUGACCGAUAUAGCAGCAGUCCAUAUGCAAAUCCCGGGCGUUUGCCCCCGGGGUUAAUUUUCAAAAUACAAAUGUAGGCUAAAUCCCGGGUCUCCGAGGCGUGAUUUUAAAACAAAUUCCGUGCCAUCCCCGGGGGUUGCCCGGGGGUCGACCCCCGGGCAAGCCGCUGAUACCUGCAUAACUACACAUCAUUUUGGAAACAUCAAAUUAAAAACUCUAGUAAAUUGUCAUUUUAUUCUACAUUUAAAAAACACUAUAACUUAGAAGAAUAUCUAAAUAUCAUUAAAGACCCUAACCAAAGAAGACUGUUCUCAAAGUUUUGUAUAAGUCAUCAUAAACUAGAAAUUGAGUUCGGUCGUUAUAGCGAUGUACCUCGACAGGAGAGACUGUGUAAAUACUGCGAUAAACUUGCAGUUGAAGAUGAAUUUCAUUUCUCAUUUGAAUGUGAAAAAUACCAGAAUUUGCAAAAUAACUCACGCAACAUCCUAAAAAACUAUUUCCAAAUGAGCAUCACUGAUGAAUUGAAGAGAAAAUUAUUAAGUGAUCUUAUGUCAUUGAAUGACCCUGUGAUAACAGGUCUAUUUUCGGAACAUAUUUCGAAAUGUUUUUAUAUCAGAGACAACAGCCAUUAAACUAGAAGUCACAAGUUUCUAUAUAUUAUCUAAGUUUCCUUUCGCUUUUUCUAUAUUCACUCUUUCUAACCCUUUCUUAAAUUUUGAUAUUUGUUCUGUCAUAUAUCCUUCCUAUUUGAUAUAUUAUACAUGUAAAUAGCAGUAUAUUGUUUUCCAUUAGUUAAAGUAGUUUUUAUACUAGUUAACUUUUAUAUAUUUUCCAUUAUGCUUAGCAAUACCUGUAAUUAGGUCAUGCAAAUAAAGCUUAUUAAUAAUAAAAAUAAUAAUAAUAGUAUCUCAGUAAAUAAUGAGCGAAAACAUACAUCUAAUAUAUCAAAAUCUAAGUUAGCCUUUCCUGCAUGUGUUUAAUGAAAGUUAUUUGAGUCUAAUUGCUUCACUCGCUUUCUUUGAAAUUAUUAAGAACCAAACCGGAGUACUUUUUUUUGGGACACCCGGUAUAUAUAUGUGGUAUGUAUUAAUAUCUACAGGUUGCAAUUAAUUAUUUGAACUUUCUUUAGGUAUGGAGGAGGUUUCCCUUAUCUCGUUCCUCAAGAGAGUGCCUUUGUUUAAAAAUACUGUAUUCCCAAUGGAUGCUGAAAGAUAUGUUUUGGCAGAAAGAGUACUGGACGUACUUAUGUAUGAAGAUAAGGAUGUUUGUGAAGAAAACAAGACAACUGCCGAGUUUUUUGUUAGCUAUAUUAAGGAAGUGGAGCUCAGAAAAGUUG